AUGUGCUUUUCCAAUUUUUUUCUAUUAUUUUCGUACUAAGGGUAGUUUUUAACACACUCUGACGGCAGGUAAGGGGUUGUCCUUUGUAGGGAAUGUUUGAAAUAGUUCUAGCUAUCGUCCCAAUCAAGUUUCAGAGCGUUACAGUUUUCCGAAAUGUGCUUUUCCAAUUUUUUUCUAUUAUUUUCGUACUAAGGGUAGUUUUUAACACACUCUGACGGCAGGUAAGGGGUUGUCCUUUGUAGGGAAUGUUUGAAAUAGUUCUAGCUAUCGUCCCAAUCAAGUUUCAGAGCGUUACAGUUUUCCGAAAUGUGCUUUUCCAAUUUUUUUCUAUUAUUUUCUUACUAAGGGUAGUUUUUAACACACUCUGACGGCAGGUAAGGGGUUUUCCUUUAUAGGGAAUGUUUGAAAGGGUUCUAGCUAUCGUCCCAAUCAAGUUUCAGAGCGUUACAGUUUUCCAAAAUGUGCUUUUCCAAUUUUUUUCUAUUAUUUUCGUACUAAGGGUAGUUUUUAACACACUCUGACGGCAGGUAAGGGGUUGUCCUUCGUAGGGAAUAUUUGAAAUAGUUCUAGCUAUCGUCCCAAUCAAGUUUCAGAGCGUUAUAGUUUUCCAAAAUGUGCUUUUCCAAUUUUUUUUCUAUUA